AAAUCCUGUUCCACUCUAAGACCCGAACUUUCUUACUUUAAUACCGGUCAGAUACUCUGGCAUGCUUUCCAAAAGGCUUUCCCGGGUUGGCGAUUCGUGUAGCUUCCAUCCGCGGCUAUAUUCUUCCCGAAUACUACAGUCACGUGAUAAAAACCUCCGACGGGCCGGGCCGAGGCACGGAGGACGGCACACACUUCGCAUAUCGCCUAAAAGUGGGGAUAUAAAGCAGGCAAUCGCCUCUCCGCCAAACAUCUCCCCGAUAAUCCUUUAACCAUAACAUUAUUCCUAUCAUGUCUUUAACUGGCUCUCAAAUUACAGCCCGAUCGUUGAAGAACCUCGGGGUGACGGUGGUGUUUGGGAUCGUGGGCAUCCCGGUUGUUGAGGUCGCUGAGGCGAUUAUCGCGGAAGGCAUCCGCUUUGUGGCUUUCCGCAACGAGCAGUCCGCUUCCUACGCGGCUAGUGCUUACGGAUACUUAUCCGGGACUCCCGGGGUGUUGCUCGUCGUUGGUGGCCCCGGCGUGGUGCACGCUUUGGCCGGGGUGUUCAACUCCAAUACAAACCGAUGGCCCUUGGUAGUCUUGGCUGGCUCCUGCUCCUCAGACGAAGCUUACAAGGGAGGGUUCCAGGAGCUUGAUCAGGUGACCUUCAUGUCUCCGCAUACAAAGUUUGCAGGAAAACCCGGCUCGUUGCGGCACCUCCCGCGAAUCAUCGAAAAGGGUUACAGAUCAGCGUUCUUCGGCAAGCCAGGCGCUACCUACAUUGACUUGCCGGCGGAUAUCAUCCAGGGAGCCACGUCCGAAAAGAUUAAUUUUGGCUACGUCGAGCGGUUGCUCGAGGCGCCAAGAUCCAUGGCCGAUCCCAACAGAGUAGAGGCCGCUGCACGUCUCCUCGCAGGUGCUAAGCACCCAUUGGUGGUGGUUGGUAAGGGUGCUGCGUACGCAAAUGCGGCUGCGGAGAUCCAGAGGCUUGUCAACGACUUCAACCUUCCGUUUUUGCCCACCCCGAUGGGGAAGGGUGUGGUUUCGGAUGACUCAGUCUUGAACUUUUCCUCCGCCAGAUCGCAGGUGUUGGCACAAUCUGACGUAAUUUUGUUGAUUGGCGGGCGGCUUAACUGGAUCUUGCACCACGGCGAGGCGCCAAAGUUCUCCCCGGACGUUAAAUUCAUCCAGAUCGACCUCCACGCGGAAGAAAUUGGGACCAACGCUCCGCAUUCCGUCCUGUACGGUUUGCUUGGGGAUAUCCGACUCGUGGCGGGCCAAUUGCACCGGGAAUUAAAGUCCCACGAGGCGAAAUUCUCGAUCAAAAACGAAUGGGUAACUGCCAAGCAGAAGAACGUUGAAAAGUUGGCAGCCAAGGAAUCUGCCACCACUGCCAGCGAUGAGCUUUUGCGCUACAAUAGGGUAUACCGUAUUGUCAAAGACGAAUACGCGCAGUUGUUUGCCCAAGGGAAGGUGUUCCUUGUAACCGAGGGUGCCAACACCAUGGAUGUAGCGCGUGUUGCGUUUGGCUCCACCACCCCGAAGUCACGUUUGGAUGCGGGCACCAAUGCGACGAUGGGGUUGGCUAUUGGCUAUGCCAUUGCCGCUAAGAUUCAUUCCCCGGAGAAGGUGGUUCUCUCCGUGGUGGGGGAUUCCGCGUUUGGAUUCUCGGGCUUGGAGAUCGAGACCGCAAUCAGAAGCGGGUUGCCGCAGAUUGUCGUGGUUAUGAACAACAGCGGUAUAUACCACGGGGAGCUUGAUGAGGUGUACACUGUCCGUGGAGACAAGCAGUUGCCUCCCACCGUUUUGGGCCAGGACACCCGGUAUGAUAUCUUCUCACGUGCCUUGGGGGGUAACGGAGUGUUAGUGAAGACUGAAAAAGAUUUGGUUGAAGGGUUACGUUUCGCUUUGGAGAAUUAUAAGAAGAAUGAGACAACCAUUUUGAACGUCUUGAUUGAUAGGGGUGUGGGUGGGAAGAUUGGGUUCGGCUGGCAGAAGAAGGGCAGUGGGAAGUUGUAAUGGAUAAUAAUUGUGCGUGCAAGAUAGAACAUUUUCAGUUAUUGUCUAGUUUUUUUUUUCUUUGUCUCUCUCAGCUUGAUAUUUUUUAUUGUAAAACUGUUUUAAUUGAUGUUUAUAUGUUCAAUGACAAGCAAUUGCUCCCC